AUGUCGGGUGAAAAGCGCCCCGCUCAGGAGGCCUUUGGGUCUUGGUCUUCCAGUCAAAUCGUCGUGAAAAGAAAGAAGUCCGAUGCCGACCUCAACCCCGGUACGGCUAUUGUCAAGGGCUCUUCCCAGAGUGGAGCUCUUGUUCAAGCUGUCCCCCGUACCAGCGGCCUCGAGGCCCCGAUUAUGGAACUUACUGGUCACUCGGGAGAAGUCUUCGCGGUUCGAUUUGACCCUACUGCACAGCACAUUGCCUCCGGUUCAAUGGACCGGUCCAUUUUGCUCUGGAACACAUACGGAAACUGCGAAAAUUACGGUCAAUUAACCGGUCACAAGGGCGCCAUUCUCGACCUUCAAUGGGCGCGCGAUUCGAGAGCGCUUUUCUCAGCAUCAGCAGAUAUGACACUCGGAAGUUGGGAUUUGGAGACUGGACAACGCGUGCGUCGUCAUGUAGGCCAUGAGGAGAUUAUCAACUGUCUCGACAUUAGCAAGCGCGGGCAGGAGCUGCUGGUGAGCGGCAGUGACGACGGUUGCAUAGGCAUCUGGGACCCACGCCAAAAGGAUGCGCUGGAGUAUCUGGAAACUGAGCUUCCCAUCACUGCAGUGGCACUCUCAGAAGCAGGCAAUGAGAUUUACAGCGGAGGCAUUGACAACACAAUCCAUGUCUGGGACCUGCGCAAGAAAGCUGUGGUUUACUCCAUGGCUGGACAUAACGACACUAUCACUUCUCUUCAAAUCUCUCCUGAUUCACAGACCCUCCUUUCCAACUCCCAUGACUCGACUGUCCGAACAUGGGAUAUCAGACCCUUUGCUCCUACCAACCGCCUGGUCAGGACGUACGACGGUGCCCCCGUCGGCCUAGAGAAGAACUUGAUUCGCGCCAGCUGGGAUCCCAAGGGAGAGAAGAUCGCAGCAGGAAGCGGCGAUCGCAGCGUUGUCGUAUGGGAUGCGAAAACUGGAAAGCUCUUAUACAAGCUCCCUGGUCACAAGGGUACUGUCAAUGAUGUGCAGUUCUCUCCUAACGAUGAGCCUAUCAUUGUUUCUUGCUCUUCGGAUCGCAAUCUCCUGCUGGGAGAGUUGGGCAAAUAA